AUGUGCAUUUGGUGGAUCUUGGCAGAGCCGGGGCUCGUGAUCCAGUUUAAAGUCGACUCCCUAAACAUCGAGGGGCACUCGCCUUGUCACUUUGACCGGCUGGAUCUUCAUGAAGAAGAGGGAAACGGGUUCAACACACAUCAGUUAGCUAGGUGGUGCGGGAAUGUUGCGCCUCCUACUGUCAACACCAACACCAGCCGGCUCAAAGUUUCCUUCGUAUCGGACGCUAGUGUUGGGGGACGGGGUUUUAUUGCGCGAUACUGGAUGAUCGCUCCAAGUGACAAAAGCUGUGCCUGGGAUGAGUUUCUGUGCGAUGGGGGCCGAUGUCUUUUUGCCAGUUUUAAUUGCAAUAAUUUCUAUGACUGCUUAGACGGGAGCGAUGAGGUGAAUUGUGCUCAGUAUCAUGAUUGCGGAGGGGUUCUGACUGCUUCGGAAGGUUCUCUGGCCACUCCCAAACACCCUGAGCAAUAUCCACACAGACAGACGUGUGUGUGGCACAUCUCGGUAACUCGGGGUCAAGUGGUCCAGUUGAUGUUUCACAACUUCAGCCUGGAGUCUGCUGGAGACUGCCAAUAUGACUUUGUGGAGGUGCAUGACCAAGCCAGCAGCAGUCCCAGCACACUCAUGGGCAGAUACUGUGGGGACUCCCUGCCUCCAAUACUGAUUUCCCCCCAACACGAGAUGUUUGUUAUAUUUGUAUCUGAUGAGGGUGAAUCAGAUGAGGGGUUCUUUGCCACCUAUCAGGCUGUCAACAAAAGCCAGGUGGCAUGCGGUCCUCAUGAGUUCAGCUGCAUAAACGGGCAGUGUGAAGCGAUGCAGUGGGUGUGUGAUGGCUGGAACGACUGCUUAGAUGGGAGUGAUGAGAUGAACUGCACUAACAUCACACAUCUGCCUUAUGAAACUGCCUGUGAGAAAAUUGAAGUGGAGAUGUGUCAAGGACUCGGUUAUAAUGAAACGUCAUUCCCCAAUAUCUGGCUUGAGAUUCCAGAUCAGAGAAGUGCUAUUUCUACCCUGAAGGGUUACAAGCUCCUGACGGGCUUGGUUUGCUAUGAGAAUCUCCGCGUGCUGACUUGCAGCAUCUUUGUGCCCAAAUGCACAUGGGAUGGUGGUGUCCUGCCACCCUGUCAGUCUCUCUGCCUAUCUACUGAGAAACAAUGCCAACACUCACUCGAGUCUCUGGGCAUCAUGUGGCCUUUUAACUGUAACCUUUUCCCAGAUUCUGAUGACCCCAUUGAAUGCGUGGGACCAAUCUAACCCACGGCCACAUCUGUCUUGGACCCAGGAAGAGAAAUUGUUUUAAUUGCAACUCACUAACAGCAGCAUUUGGGAGACUGCAUGAACAAGUUUUGUCAAAUGCUAACUAUGUAUUUCUUUGCUGAACUUGGACAAUUUUUUUAAGUUCCCCCCCCAAUCUGAAGUUUCAUUCCUCCUUUGCUGAGACAAAGUCGGCAUUCACGAGCUGAGUUGGUCUUGCAGUUGGAGAUGGGUGGAUGCAGGUCUGGAAUAUCACAGCUACUGUGUGCACUUGCAUUGGAACAAUGUUUGUUCCAAGGCAAGGCAAACUACAGCAAAAGAAUUUGCAGAGAACCAAUUAUUAUCUGAAAUAUGGUGUCUUCAUAACCACAAAAUGUGUCCGUGAGAUGGAAAUUGUUUUAAAAACUCGUGCAAAUCUCGGGCUUCCCCUGGCACUGAUACUCUAACAUGCACAAAGACGUUUGCUCUGUGAUCUUUCAUCAUCGGUAGAUCCCAUGGAGAUCAAAGAAGAAAGUUGUGGUAUUGUGGGGUGAGGGGCUUAUAAAUUCAUAUGUUCUAGGAGCAGAACUAGGCCAUUUGGCCCUUCUAGUCAACUCCACCAUUCAAUCAAUGUAGCUUUCGUUCUCAAUCCCAUUCUCUUGCCUUCACCCCAUAACAUCUGACACCCUUCCUAAUCAAAAAAGGGUAAACAUGACUGGAUAGAGAGACCGAGGUAGGAAGAUCAGGUAAGUAGAAUAGCUCUAAGAAGCUGCAAGGAAGGCAGGGAUCACUGCUGAUUUGUUGAUUGAGUUUUGUGCCACGUCUGAUUUCUUCAAUAGACCAGUAGACCAAAGACUCGGAGAAUAUGGUGCAAAUUUUAUUUCUGGUGUUUGCUUUUGCUGAGAGGCAGGUCAUGAGAAGUGGGAAGUGUUCCACACUUUCUGGGGUCGUGCUGUGAACUGUUGUUGAUGGAACCAGGGCCGGGGGAUGUUUGCCUUACAGAUGUUCAGUGCGUGAUCCAUACUAUCAUAUGCUUUAGUCAUCACUAUGCAUACCCCAUAGCCUCUGAGCGAAUGCACAUCACAUACAGAGGGGAUUUGGCUGAAAAGUGCCAAAGUGUAUUAGGUUGGUUUAAAAUUUAAUGGAAGAUGGUUUAUAAAUGUUGGGUAAAUGGGGGAAAAAAGUCAAUUUGUUUUCCAGUUGGUAUCACUCUGCUACUGGACAUUACUGCUGCACCUUUUCUCUCCGGGAUACUUUCUACUUCUGUACCUUUGGGCAGCCUUUUCUUUGGAGCAAUUGCAGGCUCACAUCUUGUUAACUUCCACCCUGUGCAACACUGAAUAACCCGUUGAUUCGUCAAGGACAUGCAUUGAAUCAAUUUGGAAUCACCUCGUGAAUGGGUGCUGUUUUUUUAAUAUGGUCUCUGUAUAAACUGUUCACACAACUCGCUGAGAGUAAAGGGCCUGUCCCACCAGCAUGCGAUUGCAUGCGUCUAGCGCGACGAAAUGUGGUGGCUUGAGGCGUACAGCCUCGCGGGGCCGGUACCAACUUCCAACCGCGGAGCCGUCUGGAGUUGCGCGGGGCUAGUCCCGACAUCAUA